AUGUUAUUCGGCGAGCUGCGUAAUCCGUGGUGGCACGCGCCGACGAUGUUCUGGAGCGGCGAGCGCUCUCGCGACGCGCACCUGUGGCGCGAGCACCUUCGGAACCGCGAACGCAUGCACGCGGAGAUUAUCUCCAUGGGCGUCCGCGACGUCCCGUGGUCCUCCAGAAGGCGCCUCCUCGGUGUGAUCCUCACGUGCGUCACGUUCGCGCUCUGGGUCGUCGCCGGCGUCGCGAGCCUGGUCCUCCUCGCGAUCGGCGGACGCGCGACGCGAUGCCUCGUCGCGGCGUACUACCUCGUGUCGACGCUCUAUAAGACGCCGAUGAACGCGCGGAUGCUGCGAUACGCCGCGGAACUCGAGGUGGGCGAGAUGAACGGAUGGCGUCUGAUCGUCAAGGCGACGAACGUGGACUGCGGCGCGCGGAAUCAUCUCUUUUGCUCGCACCCGCACGGACUCUACUGCGCGGGCGUGAGCCUCAACCUCAUCCUCAGCGCGAAAGGCUUAGCGAGCGUGCGCGCGACGCACAUCCGCCUGUUCGUGCACUCGCUGCUCGCGAGCGCGUUCCCGAUCGUGAAGGACUGGGUCCGCGCGUUGGGUUUCCUCCCGUGCGCGAGGGAGACGAUGCGCGACGUCCUCGAACGCGGCGAAAACGGGUGCGUCGUCCCGGGCGGCGUGCGCGAGGUGGUCUACGCGGGGCGGUGCGACGUCGAGCGACUGUAUUUAAAGAACGUCUACGGGUUCGUGAAGCUCGCGAUGCGGACGGGGACGCCGCUCGUGCCGGUGUACACGUUCGGGGAGUCGCUCAGGCGCGUUCUAUACACUGGUCCCCAUACGACCGCGUUCGCGUGGUGA